CUGCACUGUUUUCUUAUGGGGGAAUGCAAAGGACGCUACACUGGUGUGAUUUCCUGUUCCUGGCUCAACGUGGAGAGAGCAUUGGUGAUACAUUGCUGUAGAGACCAUGGCAGAUGAAGACAAACAAAACAGUGAAAAUGGCAAAUCGAUUGUCGUAGCUGAAGAUUAUGAGCGAGGUGUUGCUGCUAUUAAACCUCAAUAUUUAACUAACAAGGAUAAGUUUCAUGGAUAUCUUGAUGCUGAUGGUAAAGAAGUUACAGAAGAGCAGUGUGACCAGGCCGGGGAGAAUGAUGACAGUAAUAGUGUCACAGCAGAGCCUGUUACAAAAAAGAUUAAACUGGAUGAUUCUGCGAAGGAGCCAGAAGAGCAGAAUGAUAAGACAGAGAAGAAAAGAUCCAGAGGCCAGAACAAGAGUCGCCCUCAUGUGAAAUAUAACCUGUAUGAACAGCAACGGUUGUGUCCCUCGAUCGUACAGGAAUGUGCCAGCAAGUGCUUCUUUGGUGAGAAAUGUAAGUUCUUACAUGAUGUGGAGAAAUAUCUGUCAGAGAAGCAGGAAGAUAUCGGUCCCAAGUGUCACCUCUACGAGACAUUCGGCAAAUGCAUCUACGGCCUCUCAUGCCGCUUCGCCAAAUCCCAUUUGGGAGAGGAUUUCAAGAACCUCAUCAACCAGGAACUGGUCAAGCAGUGGGAAGGUAAAGCCCCGGUUAGGAACAGUUUGGACAAAGGGCUCCAAAGUCAGCUGCGGAAGAAGAAGGUUCCGUUUGACAAAACGGACAAGUUCCUGAAACUUUUGAACAAAUCCCAAAAACCUACAAAGGGGAAAGAUGAUGCUAAGCCUCCUCCAGCGGCUCACAGUGUGACAACAGAGGGCUCCGGUGAUCAGCCGAUUGAUCCUCUCAGCACCGAUUGCACUAAGCAGGUUACAGGUGAUGGAGAAACAAAAACUGUAACGGUGACCUCAGGACCUCUAACCGAUGAAGAUAUUAUAAAGCUUAGACCUUGUGAGAAGAAAAAGAUUGAUUUCCGAAAUAAACUGUACCUUGCACCGCUAACCACAUGCGGCAAUCUCCCAUAUAGAAGAAUAUGCAAGCGGCUUGGAGCAGACAUCACAUGCGGAGAGAUGGCCAUGUGUACAAACCUCCUUCAGGGUCACUCCUCUGAAUGGGCGCUGGUGAAGAGGCAUCACAGCGAGGACCUCUUUGGAGUUCAGAUAGAGGGCUCUUUUCCUGACACCAUGACUAAAUGCGCUGAGCUGCUGAACAGCACCAUCGAUGUGGACUUUGUGGAUAUCAAUGUCGGAUGUCCGAUAGAUUUGGUGUAUAAAAAGGGUGGUGGUUGUGGAUUAAUGACGAGAACUAAUAAAUUUGAACAGAUUGUGAAAGGAAUGAAUUCGGUUCUAGACGUUCCUCUGACUGUGAAGAUCAGAACUGGAGUCCAGGAGAAAGUCAAUCUGGCUCAUAAGCUUAUCCCAGACUUGAGGGAAUGGGGAGCUUCUCUGGUCACUCUUCAUGGCAGAUCCCGAGAGCAGCGCUAUACAAAACUUGCAGAUUGGGAAUAUAUUAGCCGUUGUGCUAAAAUUGCAGAUCCACUACCUUUAUUUGGAAAUGGGGAUAUAUUCUCCUUUGAGGAUGCUAAUCGAGCGAUGCAGACUGGGGUUUCAGGAAUUAUGCUGGCAAGAGGUGCGCUGGUAAAGCCUUGGCUAUUCACAGAGAUUAAAGAGCAGAGGCACUGGGACAUUUCCUCCUCCGAGAGAUUCGGUAUUCUCCGAGAAUUCACCAACCACGGCAUGGAGCACUGGGGGUCGGACACCUCGGGGCUGGAGAAAACAAGGCGCUUUAUGCUGGAGUGGCUCUCCUUCCUCUGCAGGUAUAUUCCUGUUGGCUUACUAGAACGUCUGCCUCAGAAGAUCAAUGAGCGUCCGCCCUACUAUAUGGGAAGAGACUACAUGGAGACAUUAAUGGCCAGCCAGAAUGUGGGAGACUGGAUAAAGAUCAGUGAGAUGCUGCUGGGACCCGUUCCUCCAAACUUCACCUUCCUCCCAAAACACAAAGCUAAUUCUUACAAAUGAGUUCCUUUUAUUUCAAAUACUUGACCAAUGGAUGGAUGGAUAUUUUAUUUUUUAAAUAAAUGCAUUUAAUGAAUGUAAAGUACAUUGUAUUUGUUUCUUUGAAGCCAAGCUUGGGGUACAGACUUUGGAGAAUGUUCAGUGGAUUUACUAAAGACAAAUAGACUGCGUUCCUUUUCAAGUGCAGUGACUUAUUUUCCACAGGGCUUAGCAAAUGUGGUAAAGCGCUGCCGAUUUCCAUCAUCCAAUCGCGCACAAGCAAAAAAAUGCUGUCUUCUUAUUAUUUUCCUUGCACCCGAUCGGGUAUUCUUUACAAAGUGGCGCUUUACAACUUAUACUAGGGGGAAAUUGGUGCAACUACACUUGCAAAGUGCACAGACUCUGUCUUAGUAAGUUCACCCCUGUAUGUAUGUUUAGGAGUGGAAAUGUAAAGUUAUUGGAAAGUGUAUGUAAACCCAAGAAGAAAAAUUAAAGUCCUUCGAAAACCUC